CAAGUAGUCGUCGUUUUCGUUUUUGGCCGCAAUACUAGGCAUACGGAAAUUAUCGGUCUAAAAUAAAUUGAUAAAAUACUUAUCAAUAGCGGCUAAUACAAAAAAUAUUGAUUAAAUUGCUCAAUAUUUCUCUCGUAGCAGCGUUUUUGGGUAUUAAGACUAACAAACAAAGUUGUUAACUGUUCUUUGGAUUGCUGCUGCUGCUGCUGCUCCUCCCACUCCUCAGAAAGCUGCAAUCUUAUCAUGAAUGCCAUUAACAACUGUGCGGGCAUGGGCUGUCAAAGCCAUCAACAAUAUGAGUACUACUCGUCGUCGUACUGCAAUGCCCAAACUGAAAAAUUUAAAUGCCUAUCAUUUUCCAAACAAUUGCUGGCAUGUAGACUUCAAGAGGAUCCGUCGAGUUUAUUUACGGAACAUUGCCCCGCCGGAAAGGUAGACGACAAUAGACGAAUGGAUACCUAUGACAAGCAUUCGGAGGAAACGCUUAUACGAAUAUGGCAUAUACAAUGUACCAUAAUAAUGACGUUGAUAGCCAUAGCCACGGCGCGGGUGGCAGGUAAAUUAUUGCCAAAUGGUCAGCGGGAAUGUAAAUCAUGGCUCCAGGUGUUUGCUGUUGAAUUUGUGAUGAUCUCAUUGCCUGCGGUUGUUAGUGUAAAUAUAGCCAACAAAUAUGUGGAAUAUAUAUUGGCAGUGGCCAUUGCUGUUUUGGCCUUUGUCAGUUGGCGCUCAAAAUGUCUUCCCCGUGCCGCGCAGAGAGAAUUUGAAUUUGGACGCCGUCCUUCUCUAUUUACCUUAUUACGAUCAACUAUAAGUCUUUUGACUGUUUUGUGCAUAUUGGCCAUUGAUUUUGCAAGCUUUCCCAGGAAAUUUCGUAAAAGCAGACGUUAUGGUGCCGGUCUCAUGGAUGUAGGCAUUGGCCUAUUUGUUUUCUCCAUGGCUUUAGUGUCACCAAGGGCAAAGCGUUUGGCGGAUUUGCGGAAACAGUUCUUCCCCGUUGGUUGUAUGUUGGCCUUGGGUCUGGCGCGUACCAUUGUUAUAACCAGCAUUGAUUAUCAUCAGGAUGAGCAUGAAUAUGGCAAACAUUUGAAUGCUUUCUUCACCUUGGGUUUGACGAAAAUGUUUGCAACUAUUUUCGGAUUAUUGGCGAGAAACGAUAAAUAUUUGUUCCCCAUGGGCAUUGUCAUUUUGGUGGUGCAUGAAAUCACUCUACAAUGUGGUCUCUCCGAAUAUGUCUUGGAUCCUGAUUUGCAACGUACCGAUUUGCUAAGUGCCAACCGCGAAGGACUUUGUUCUCUACCUGGUUUCAUAGCCCUCUUUAUACUUUCCCAAUAUUUUGGACAAUGGAUCAAAUCAAAGGAUAUUUUAAAUUAUGAGGAAAUUAAACAAAAGCUAAAGCAUUUAAUUAUUAUAAGCAUAGCACUGUGGCUCAUUGUCAUCUCAAGUACAUUGGCGAUAGGCAUGGCCAGGGUGACAUGUAAUUUCGCUUAUGUCACCUGGAUGUUGGCCAUAUCGGUGACCAUGUGUUCAUUGUAUUUAUUUGUAUUCGAUAUAGUUUUAGAUACCCUACUGCCAGUGGCCAGUAAGGAAAAUCGAAUAGCCAUGGUGGCAAACCAAAUUGAGGCUUCGACGGAAGGAACCCCACUUACCAAAAGUGUCAAUGCACUCGGGGAAACCAAGAUACCCACAUUUAUAGAGUCCAUAAAUUAUAAUGGCUUAUUGUAUUUCUUGCUGGGCAAUGUCUUAACCGGCAUGGUUAAUAUUUUCCUUGGCACUGAUGACAGAAGCGAUACCGAAAGUGUGCUAAUUUUAAUGGCAUACAUGCUGGUAACCGGCGGUGUCGUGAGUCUGCUAUAUCGCUACAAAAUAAGAAUAGCCUAAGGUAGAUAUGCCAAAAAAAAAACGGAAAUAUAUAUGAAAUGACAUGUACUUGUGAUAAUUUUUGUAUAUGUUUUUUAAUAUGGACCCUCUCCGCCUGCCUCUAGUCGAUAGCUGUAGUGAUAACUGUCCAACUAUUUAUUUAGUUUUAGAUAUGAUAAGAUAACUAGGCAAUGACCAAAACGUUUUUGUUUAUUUGUUAUAAAUAUAUG